AUGCACAAAUCGAAACAUAAGCAAAAGUCCUCGGCGCGCCCUUGGAGCGAACCCAAGUGGCACGAGCAAUAUCAGCAGUGGUAUAUAGAACGAGUAGGUCGGAAUGGUACUAUAGAAUAUGACUGGAUUGCUCCAACCCCCUCCAAUGCUCCCGAUCAGAGGGUUCCGCGGUCCGAUCAUGCCAUUGAUGGUUUAACGGAGCAGGUCCAGAACAUUAAUAUCGGCCAAGAUGCCUACGACUCUGGCCAGUUUAAUGAUUAUGGAGGCCAGCAUGCCACUGCUGUUGAUCAAGCUAGCUAUACGCAUGACGCUCAUCAAUCUCAGGAUCCAGCUUAUCUUGACCAUACGCACCCACAGCAGCACAGCGACAAAGGAAAAGGGAAAUCACUUGGUGUUGAACACAUCGAUCCAUACGGUAACCAGUCGCUCGGCAACACCUUGACCGGAGCCGGAGCCGGAAGCGAGUUUUCAGCGGCGUCAGACUAUCGCCAAGGGGCACAUACCCAAUAUCCUAACUCUGGUUAUCUCGGUUCCGAAUACACGAAUGUCGAGAAUCCUGCAGCUAGUUCGCCAAUACAUGCUAUGGAACCGCCUGUGAACAGCUAUGAACCCGUAGAAGCCUCUGCCGAUGCCGAAUAUGAGGAGGCCGUCCGUAGAAGUCGUGAUGAGUAUUACGGGGCUCACAAGGCCGGCGAGUCAACAUCGUAUUCUACGCCUCUAACAGACGCAGGCACAUCUUCCUCCUGGCCUCCCACUGUUGAUCCUAAUGCAUACGAACUAAACCCACCGUUAGCGAACGGAGAUGAUAUUCCAACACCUCGCGGUGGCUCCCCAAUUCUAGGAGGUCCAGUGCCAACAGCACCGGCCUAUCCCAACUAUAUCCAAGGGACCCCAGGAGAGGAGGAAGUACUAGAUAAUCGAUACAGGGUAGAGCACUCAGCAAGGUUUCAACCAGGCGAGGUAUUCAAGAUACUGUGGUCAGAACCUCUCGGUCAAGUCGGACAAAUCGGUCCUGAUGACCCAAUCUCCGAUGUCACUAAAAGGAGAACUGCGGCCGGUAGUAAAUUCUAUGUUGGGUUUCGCCGAUUUAUUAUCGUGACUACGGACGAGAGUCACCAUAGUACAUGCGUGCCAAUCUUGACCUACGAUCGAAGAGGAUGUCUGAAAAGGGGCGUGAGGCCUAACAAGCAUGGUAUUAUCUAUAUGGCUGGUCACAAACCAAGGCUAUUAAAGAACGAACCUGAACUCGGAUUCUCUCCAGUUGCUCUUCAGGUUUAUGCGGAGGGCGAAACACUCGCCAAAGAAUCUAGAGUUAAUUACUCUAAAUUAGUCACUAUCGAGCACAACGUUAAGGUCUUUUUCAUCGGUUCAAUUGCCCAAGACGACUUCGACCACGUCCGAUACGCGGUCAACGAAUGCUGGAACAAGAAAUUACACCGGUCAUCAAGAAAGUCAAGGAGAUAG